AUGCAAUCGGAUAAGAAGGAUGAAAAAUCGUUUGCAAAGAGCUGCAGCCUUCCGACAUCUCAGAACAACGCAGAGUUUCAAGAAACAAUAAGCAUGCUCAAAAAGGAGCUGUUAUCGAAGCAUGCAGCGCCGUAUGCCGCUGAAAUAAUAGCACACUACAUUUAUAUGAAGGACUACGAGGGCGCGCUUCUGCAGUACGAGGAUAUAAACGUGUCAUCUGACGAGCUGGACAGGAUGAAACUGUUCAUAGAAAUACAUCUUAUCAACAUGGAUAGAAGAACAUGCACCGUGACCGAUGGUCACCUGGUUGCCAAUUGCAUGCCGUACGAGUUGAACAGCUUUAAAUGUCAGCGGGCGAAAAGAACGAGCUAUCCAAGGCAAAAGCUUAGAUUUGGUUUUAAAAAGGAACUAAGAAGACGUCCACGUAAGUACAACAAGGCGAUCGCCUUGUUAAAGCCUAAGAAUACGGGUGUAAGUGUGGAAAUGGACAGAGCAAUACAAAGGCAAUCUGUACAUAAUAUAGCUCCAGGAUUGAACAAAGAGGCGAAUAACACGUACGCUGCCGAUCAAGUGUUGUCUACGAACACAGUUGGGAAUAGCAGCACGGGUCAAGCGGAUGAUAUGUGCAGAUCUGGCGAUAAAACGCAAAUCAGUCUCAAUGCGACACUAAGGAUCGAUUCAAAAGUCAUCGACUUGAAACGGGUGUUUCUGGAUGAGUCGAUGGACCUGGCUUGUAGAACGAAAUUCAUAAUACGGAACAAAUCGUACGUGCACAGUUUAUUUAAUGGGUUGGAAGCAGCCACACAGAUAAAAUACUUGAGGACCGUUAUUUCGCUGACAGAGGAUAAACUCGUAAAUUUCUUGGAGCGCAAAUUUGAUCUCGAAGUUUUCACUUUUUUGGGUACGUAUCGCGCAAUAUCACGCAAAUUUUUGGACAGUGAUUGCACACAGCGGCUCAAGUUCAUGCUAAACGAGGAAUAUUACAAGGACCUGGGAUAUAACGAGCUGUGGACAAUGUAUGCGGUGUUAAAGGACACCAAGAUGUUGAAGUACGCUGUGUACAAGAACCCCUUUGCUGAUGAGGCGAUUGUUACAAAAGGAUUUGGAGAGGAAAUGAAAAAUAGCGGAUUAGAGGGUACUAUGGAGCGCGUGUGUAGGAUUUUGGAAAUUAACUGGAUCAAAUGUUUAUAUGAGUGGGCGUUAAGGCACGGAAAGGUGAAUAAAGUAAUGUGUGAUACACGGGCAUGCAAGAAGAGGGCGUUCUGUGCGGUUGUUAGCAAUACUACGAAGAAGGAUGAAAAAAGGCUGGUGAUAACGAAAAAAACGAUUUGGUAGAACAGAGGGUGUGACCGGGUACGCCAUGUUAUUUAGGUGAGAACGGCUUUGAAUAUGAGCUGCUAACAGGCCCUUGAUGCGAUGAUAAAGGGUUUGAAACAAAUUCACGUGCUUGUACGCUCAACAAGAUUAAUAAGGAAAGCUAUGAGUGGUAUUUCAGUUCAAAACAGUUCUUAAAGCGCGUAAACGAGUAUAUAUAAAGCA